AUGGCGAUGUCAAAAUCGACAAAUACAAAUCAGUUGCUAAUUAAUCCAACAAUAUUGUCAAAAGCUAUUGAAAUGAACAAACGCGGGAUGCGUAAACAAUAUCCGACUCUGUUUCUGUUUAAAAAGAUCAAAGAUGAUGCAACUAUAAGGGAACUCACAAAUUUUGGUGUGGGUUCUGGAGACACUAACGUGGUCGUAUAUGGUGAUAGUUAUGCUUUCGCAGCACUGUAUUAUAUAGCUCAAGCAUUUUCAUCAUCGAGGGUUCAUCAGAUCCUACUGCUUAGCGCACCCGGAUGCUUACCGAUUUACGAUACUGAAUCGUACCGUAAAUUCCCAAAAUGCUGGCGUUUUGCGAAAGAAGCAGUGAAAAAAAUUAGUGAAUUCAAACCUGACGUUGUAUUCUUAAAUUUCAACUUUCACUACCCUCUCAAUUUGUCUGUAAAUAGCAUUUCUGAAGAUAUUGUCUUUCACAAAUUACAAAAAACUGUUGAUGAUAUAAUGAAAUAUACUAAACGAAUUGUGCUCACAUAUCCUCAUCCUACUUUAAGCGUCCCUGUGAACUCAAAUAUUAUAUACAAUAGGCUUGUAAGACGAUUGCGACUUACUGAUCUCAAUAUCCCUGUAAACGUGUUUUUAAAGGAAUCCACAAACUGUUAUCGACGAGUGAAUGCUCUCGUAUGUAAGAAAUGCGAUUAUAUAUACAGUUAUCGAUGGUUUUGCUAUGAUAAGAUUUGUUAUGCCUAUAAUCCAAAGACAUUCGUGGCUUAUUACAGCGAUAUUAUGCAUUUGGGAUUAUAUGGAAUUGAAUUUUUGAUACCUUAUUAUAGGAAUAUCAUUAAUGAAUUAUACGCAAAAGGAUAUAUAUGA